UCGAUGGCUCAUGCAAACGUGGUGGUAUUAUUCCUUCUUGCCUCCUUUCUUUUUCACAUUUUAUAAAAUCUUGCUAAGCUUCAGCAACGGUGUAAAACCAUAGUGCAGUAAUAACCCCGUAGAGAAGUUUACCUCAAGGUCCGAGCAGCACUAGAAUGAAUUGGCAGCUCGGCGGCGGUUUUGUUCGACUUCCGACGAAAUUGUGAAUGAAACUUCGGCGGGUAACCGACUGAUGGCAGAAAUGGGAUGUAAACGCACCUCUGGUGGUGAUAGCCAUGACGGACACGGACUCGGUGUUCAUUAGGACAGUGUGCAGUGUGGAUGAAACAGCGGCACUGAGCGCUGGGACAGUGACGGAGGAGGUCAGUGGGGAAGACGGCUCAGGGCAGCAGUUGAAGCUCCAGCAGACACGUGAAUGUAGCGAAGAUUCCAGAAGAUCACCCUGAUCAGGCUUCAGCCACAGACAUGACAGCAGCCUCUUGGGAAGGGGAUUCAGCGCGGGCCAAUCAGUCUCUGUUUAACCUGAGCAGUAGCUUCAGCAGCACUGAGACCUUCCUGUGGUUGUUGCCUUCCCUGAACAGCACCGGGGUGACAUGGAGCCCCACCCCACACCCGGGGGCAGCCAGGGUACGGGACCCAGCUUUGGCCCAGGCUAAGAUCGGAGUGCUGAGCCUGGUGCUGGCACUUACCACCCUGGGCAACAGCUUUGUCCUGUGGGUGCUACUGCGCAGAAGAAAGCACCAUGCGCCCAUGCACCUGUUCAUGAUCAACCUGUGCUUGGCUGACCUUGUUGUGGCCUUCUUCCAGGUGCUGCCACAGCUGCUGUGGGAUAUCACAGAGCGCUUCCAGGGCCCCGAUGCUCUGUGCCGCCUUAUCAAGUACUUGCAGAUUGUGGGCAUGUUUGCUUCCUCGUACAUGAUUGUCGCCAUGACAGUGGACCGCCAUUAUGCCAUUUGCUGCCCUCUUCAAGCGUAUCGUGGAGGCAAAACUUCGUGCUGGAACACGCCCAUCAUGGUGGCCUGGGGUCUGGCCCUUGUUCUCAGUUUACCACAGGUCUUCAUCUUCUCCCGGACUGAAGUGUCCCCUGGAGAGUUUGAGUGCUGGGGCCACUUUAUUGAGCCAUGGGGCCUCAAAACCUAUGUGACCUGGAUGACUAUAGUCGUCUUCAUUCUACCAGCAAUCAUCAUUACAGUCUGUCAGGUGCGUAUAUUCAGAGAGAUCCAUGACAAUAUCUACCUGAAGUCGGAGAGAAUGGUGACAGCGGAGUUUAAGAGGAACUCUGUGGUUUUCCAUUUUCCUCAGAAGGAAGGUCAUCAUGGGAUUUCUGAGAGAGACAGAGACUCACAAGGCACCCACAAUCAUCAGACUGACAUCCAUGGACGUUGCUGCAGUAACUCUGCCCUUACGGACCUUCGGAAUUCAUAUGAGGGCCUAUCAAGCUCUGAGCCAUUCGGAAACUCCACUUAUAACCCCUGUGAUUCCUGUGAUCCCUGCUCUGUCCCUCUCGCAUCCACAGAAAUCUCCACAUCAACCAGUCCUCCCUCAGAUAAAUUCACUCCUGAUACUUCUAAUGCACAUGGUGUGACAGCCAGUAGUGCUCAGUCUAGAGGGUCAUCCUCAGUGGUUGGCCAGCUUUCAGGAACUUCUGAACUCUGGCCAGAUGUGUUACCCGAUCUUCCCCUGUCGCCUCCUCCUGGCAUUUCUAAAGCCAUGUCAAAGACUGUGAGGAUGACUUUGGUCAUAGUGUUGGUCUACACUGUCUGCUGGUCUCCUUUUUUCAUCGUCCAGCUGUGGGCAGCCUGGGAUCCAAACCCUCCAGACCAAGGAGUAGCAUUCACCAUCCUGAUGCUGCUGGCCAGCUUGAACUCAUGCACAAAUCCCUGGAUCUACACUGCUUUUUCCAGCAGUGUGUCACGCGAGCUGCUUACUCUGCUGCGCUGCCACGUGCCCACACCACGCCGUGGCUCACUGCCUGACGACUCCAUUGCCACACACACAUCGACCACCACCAAGGACAGUAUCUACUAACAUGCACACGAGCAGACAGGGAUGAACCCACCAGAUUCAAAUCCAUGACUUUUUCCAGUUCUCACAGCGCUUUUAGGAUUUAAGAUCCGCCCGGUGGAUGUACUUAAAAAGGGCAGUGCCCAGUGGGCAGCAAGCAAAGCAGGAAUGGUAUAGGUUCGGUAAUAUAAAAGUAUGCAGUGGAGCAGACUUUUGUUCAUGGAUGUAUGGGUGUGUGAAUGUGUGUGUUGGGCGAUAGGUCAAGAAUAAGCUGUGAGAAUGUGAGACAUUGCCAGUUGGCUGAACAGGAAAACUACUCUAGACUGGGAGAGGACCAGCCAAAGGGCAGAUGCCACUGUUAAAAACCGAGCUGUGGCUAAGCAGGCGCCUCCGACAUUACCGAACAGGAUUAUGUUACCAAAUAAUGGCAGUAUUAAUUUGCAAGAAAUGUUGGAAGGUGCUGGGAAAAGUCAUAGUCUCCAAACAGUAAAGAAAUAUUCUAAAGAUGUCAACGUUAACUAAACACAACAUUGUUUUAAGUCCAUUCAUUCUGGACUGCCAGUGAAAUGUGUUUCAUAACUAAUGGAGUAUACAUUUAUUUGUGUCUUUGCUGGGUUUCGAUAUCAAAGUUGUCAUCUUGCGACCGUGCCUGUGACCUCCAAGUCACUCUUAUCCUCUUUCCUAUUCUAGUCUUAUUCGCGUAAACGAGGAAGAGGAUGCAAAAUGCUAUUUAAAUACUGCUGACUAUUGUUUAUCUUUCCUUUGACACUGCAUGUUUGUAGCAGGGAGUGAAAUGACCAGCAGAUAUGUCUCCCCUAGGAAUCGAAAAGAAACAGGAAUAGGCAGAAAGCUCAGCCCCCUUCAAACAGGAAGAGUGAGAGCCCUUACAGUGUCAGAAUGAACAGGAGUUUACAGCAGGCAUGAGACAAAUGCGAGCGCUUCAAUGCAGCAGCCCAAUAAAGAGCAGGGUUUUUUUUAUUGCUGCCUUACACACUGUAUGGAGACGGACUCCUGUGACUGAUUCUCAUUCCCUAAACAUAAAUAAUGAGCCGACCCCAUCAGUGAGUGCUGACAGGACGCCAUCAGAGUGCUCUGAUGAUUCAAGCGAAAUGCUGGAAUGUGUCUCAGCAGCACCGAAUGCCCGGCUGACCAAUAUUAAAGCUGUCGUAGAGAAACUAAGAGAAAACCUAAGUCAGGUCUUCCACUCAACAUAGCUGAUUGGAUCUGUAGCUCAUUUUCAAAGUAUAUUCACCUGAACAAGUUACAGGGCUUUACAAUAAUUUCUCAACCUCAAAAAGCGCAUUGAAGCCGAGACUCAAAGGAAAACGAAUGCAUAUCGGCUGCAGUGGCAGUGCACUUAUGGAGAUUAAUAUCCCAGGUACAGACGCUGAGGAGCUCGUGAAUAUUAGGGCAUGGGCAUAAAUCUAAGGAGUCUACGGUGAGAGGACAUGCAGGACAAGCAGAGGACAUUUAUAGGCUAGCCAUAUGGUUUUAUCUUGAUGGUUAUCAGGUGAUGAUCGCUUUUGGCAUUCAUCAACGAAAGAAGCAAAUAGUUGAGAAAACCAGCCUAGUGGUAAUUGUACAAUAAAUAAAUGAACAAAUAAAUUAAAAAAUGCAACCAUGGUAUGUCCCAAUAGAAAACUGAUUAGCAGUAUGGAAGCGAGCCCAACUGCUAGACUUUUGGUCGAAGUGAAAUACUUACCAUCAGGGCCGUGGUGCUGAGAAAAUUACAAGCCCAGCACAGACACCCGCAUGGCCACGUGGCACAGGCUGAGGCGAACCCAAAGCACUGAGGUACUGUCACACAAUAUAGUGAUGUGUUAAUGAAAUGGCCUGGUGAAACCCCCACUUUCUUAAACUGGUGCAACCAAUAUAGUGUACUUCGAGCUUAAACGUUUUAUUUUACAAUAAAAAAUUACACUCCAAAAAUACAUAAAAAAGCACUCUCUAAUAACCGCCUUUCUCAAUGAUGAGUUUCUGUGAACAGUAACUUUUUGAAUUUCUGCUCACCUUCGGUACCCCCCGGUGUAUAAUAUAAAGGCUCUACACCAGUUCUAUUAUAGAGCAGAAUAAAGAUAAGAGAUGAUAACUUGUUCUACAGUUUCAGCUCCGCUUUCAGCCCUUAUCUGCUCUCACAGACGUAUUUCAUGGUUGGAAUUAGGGGACCAUUUUUAUCAUGUUCAGAAUUUAUGGAAUAACUUAUUUGUAUAAAAAGGAAAGAUAUUAUAAAUGUUCUAAUUUAACAAUAUGAUAAAGGGUUAAAAAAUAUGCAUAGGUUAAUAUAUCAUACUGAGAAAAACUUACCUCCGCAAAGUGUCCAUAUUCUAUGUUCUGUUUUUCUUCCUUAAACUGUAGCAUCAUGUAAAUUGUUGUCACUAUAUUGAACAUUUUGCAUCUUUGACCUCAAUGGAUCAAAGAAUAAAAAAACAACACUUGCACUUAGUAGUUGUAGGUCAUAAUAUUUUUAUAUUACUCAUUUGAAGACUAUAAUAUUGAGCUGCUGGUCUUUCAAUAUUUUGUUGGUAUCAUAAAUUACUCAGUAUGAGAAUAUGAAAGCGAGUUAUUGUGCAGUUUAACAUCUACUUAAGAAGCUUUCGUGUCUGUAUUUUGAACAUCCAUACAGCAUUUUAAGUAUAAUCAUAAAUUUGUUUUUUUUUCCACAGAAGGAGAUUUUAUUUGAAAUACCUACCUGAUGUACGAUAUCUGCAUUAUACUAAAUAUUGUAAUAAAUGUUUUGAAUACCUAAA